AUGGUGCGACAUAGUUCCGAGGCCCCCAGUACUACUCCUGGGGGACAGACCACCCUGGGCUCCUCGUUCUAUCCACCGGAGUAUAUUUGGAAUUCUCUCUCUGAUACCCAACGCGAUUCAUUUAUGUCCACAGUGUCCGCUUCCCUCGUUGCGGGCGACGGGCAGCGUAAGCGCCCACGUAUAGAUCUCACCACAGAGGAGGAUAUCGACGACGGUAGGGUUCCGUCUCUUGUUUUGCCAGUCCUCCCCCGCUUCCCCGGUCUCGACCGUGCUGCCAUUAUAGCCGUUUUUGAACACACCUUCCGCCCAAAGAAGGACCUCAUAAAACUUCGCAGCCCCGAAUUCAAAGCCUCGGCACCGGAUGGCGAGUCCUUCGACUUGAAGUCCACAUCGUCUGGCCUGCAAUUCCGCAAGGUGGUUUCAAUCAAGGACUGGGGCAAUGACGCAUCCCUGUGGGCCCACUGCUUUAGCAAUUAUAUCGCCAUCUGGUGUGAUUUCUUCGCUGCCAAGCACUCACUAUGCAUCAGUGGAAUGGUCCUUUUCCACCGCCGUAUUUGUGACCUUGCCAGGGCAUAUAAGUGGCAGGGGUGUAUUCUGCAAAUGGCCUUAGACCACCAUCAGAUGGUCGUCGAUAAAGGCGACCUUGCCGUUUCUCUUGGCGACUGGGAAAUUGGGAAAGCUCUCGAAAGCUCCUACCUACGCCCGGAUAACGUGCUCCCAGCAAAGACAGCGCCGACUACCCCAACCACACGGUCAACGCGCUCAACCGCCGCCUCAAACAACGAUUCUGUCAUCUGUGAAAACGGUAUUCUCACAUUCGGCUGCCGCCUUGGUUGUACGGGCCAGCCGACAGACCGCCGAACAUCUAAUCACCAUAUUGAGGAACCCUCUAUUAUCACCCAAAAGCUCUCCGAUGACCUGUCAAAUCGUCGAGUGCAAGUUUGCACUGGUCCCGCUGUUGUGUCCCCACUAGGGCUCGUACCUAAACAAGACGGAAGCUGGCGCCGUAUCCAUGACCUUUCCUACCCGCCAGGGUGCAGUGUCAACGAGUCUAUCCCGGCUAUCGCCUCUGCCAUACAAUACAUCUCCAUAGAUCACAUUUUCGAACUCACCCGCACCUCUGGACGAGGAUGCUUUAUCAUCAAACGCGACAUCAAAGAUGCUUUCCGCAAUAUCCCCGUCGCACCGGCCGACCGGCCUCUCCUAGCCUUUUCGUGGGAUAGCAAGACAUACAUGGAGUGUUGCCUUCCAUUUGGUCUUGCAACUGCACCCUUCAUCUUUAAUCUCUUUGCUGAGGGUCUCAACUGGCUUCUGACUGCCUACUUACCUGGGGCCUCUAUCGUCCAUUACCUUGACGAUUUUAUCACUGUUUUUCCUCCUUCUGUAGGAGAUGUUUCUCAGGCUAUCGCCGAGUUCAAUACCGUAUACAUUCCUCUUACAGAUGCACUAGGCAUCCCAAGGAAUAACACCAAAGACGCCGCGGGUACCGUGGUCAAUGUGCUUGGGAUCGAAAUCGACACAACACUUCUACAGGCCCGCAUGCCUCGCGAUAAGCUAACACGCGCAUCUUCUGAGGCCGCGUCGCUAUUACAGCAAAAUCGUGUUUCGCAUAAAGCCUUGCAACGUGUGAUCGGUUUCCUCCAACACUGCUCAAUGGUCAUUCGUCUUGGCAGACCCCGCCUCCAGUCGCUCUACAGCGACCUCGCAUCUUUCCCACCUCACCAGCGCUCUCUCCGCCGCCUAUCCCAUGAUAGUCGCGAGGACCUCGCGUGGUGGACGGACACAAUCCCGUUUUUCAACGGAAUCCAUUUCUUUAAGAAGAGCCGCCCCCCUACACCUUACCUGCCUUCCACUCACGCCGCUAUUGUGGACGUCUCCUCCGUCUGCGCUAGCGAGGCCCACAUCAACACCAAGGAGGUUACCGCAAUUCUGCAGGCCUUCCUUCUACACAGCCUCCAUUGGGCUCAUCAUCGUGUCCUCGCUUUUACGGACAGUGCCGUCGCGUUCCAUGGCCUGUCUAAGCAGGCACUCCGCGGGCCGGCCCAUCGCCAACUGCUCAUGCUUUUCAUGGACGAGCUCCUUUCCCUUGCUCCGCCAGCCUGGUUCUCCAGCCAGCCUAUUUUCGUGAGUGCUGGUCAUGCUAAGCUGGUCUGGAAUGGUCUGGCAGAGGGAACAAGAAAAGGGUACCGCUCCGCACAGCGCUCAUACACCCGUAGCUGCGCCCUCAAUGGAUUACAGCCAUGGCCAGCAACAGCACCAGCGAUCUACACUUGGCUCACGGAACGACUGCUGGGCGCAGGUGGGAGCCCACCAGUGAAGCCCGAUACAGCUAUGUCUGAGCUCUCAGCGCUCCGCGCGUACCACGUCGACAACGGUCUUUCCGAUGCAAUUUUUGACCUCCACGCCAAGCAUUUUCGUCGUAUGGUCGAUGGUGCUCGCCGGCUGCAACCCCCGCGCCAAAAGCGGGUUCGCAAUCCAAUCCCACGCACCUCAAUUAUAACCCUAUCAGGGAAUAUUUCACAUCUACCUGCCCAGCCACUGAGGCUCUCAGGGCCCCAGAGAGACGAUCUCAAUCUUGCCGUGGCUGCCCGGGUUGCCUUCGCCGGGUUUCUUCGGGUCGGGGAAUUUACAUACUCAGCUGCUGAGCAUAGGAAUACGCAAAUCUUUGUUGCUACUAAGUUAACCCGGGGGGAUAUCAGAUUCUCCCCUACCAUGGACCACGUCCUCCUCACUUUAAAGAGAAGCAAGACCGACCGAAACCACGAAGGUGUUAAUAUUGUCCUUGCAGCGACAAACGACGCGGCCUGCCCCGUUGAGGGACUUUCUAAGCUAUUCCUUCAUGAUUCACAACCUUCAACUGCUCCUUUGUUUACGCUCUCCUCCGGGCCAUUCACCUCAGUCGCCUUUCAACGCGCCGUUAUCUCCAAGCUCAAACGCUCUGGGGAAGAUACCACAGGACUAAAAGGUCAUAGUUUCAGAAAAGGGGCAGCCCAACACGCCCACGAUUCGGGCCUGAGAAGUGACCACAUUCAAGCCCUCGGAAGAUGGUCUUCCGAAGCUUUCCGUCUUUACUUCACGACGCCCCCAACAACACUGUACACCUGGAACCGUCAAUUCCAGACCGGUCAUCCAACUCCGGUCUCCUCUUCCUCACCACCAGCCCCUCCACCAUCCUUAUUUGGCCCAUCGGGUCAUUUGGGCCCGCCUGCAGCCCUCGCGGCGCUGUAG